ACCAGGCCAGUGACGCAGAGCACCAUCGGCCCUCUCCUCCACAUUCUUGUCCUGCAAGCUUUAUUUAUCACUCCCUCGGCUCCGACAUUAUCCCUGACACCUCUUUCUGCUCACCCCUUUGCAUCCGUUUCCUUCCAUCAUCAGUCCCCAAAAUACACAAUACCCCCUCCCGAGCCCCUUUCCAACCCUCCCCGUUCUCAUUCCGCAGUUUCUGCUUAUUUGCCAAAAUCGAUGAUCGCCUGGCCGGCUCGUACCUCAGUGAUCACCCCGUCAGCUAAAUCCGCGUGUCGCUUUUCAAUCAGUCAGUUCCAAUGGAGUAUUGGUUUCAUAUUUGUUUGACGACUAUUUCACAAACAUCAGAGCAUGUUUUUUUUUCAAUGUGACAGCAAUGACUUAAUGGAUAUGGAAACUCAUUGAAAUGUUUAGACACAUUUAGUUAGUCUGUGAUCCUAUCCUGAUCGUGAAGGUGCAUUCCAAUAUGAACUGGAUGGAAAGAUAAACAUUUGUUUUGUGGACAGUCAAUGAUUUGACUGAGUGCAGAAAAUAUAAUAGGCUUUAACUUUUUAAAUUAAAUCGUUAUGUUUGAUAACACGACCAUACAGGUUCGUUACGUUCCAGAGCGAUAGAUUUUCUGAGAAUGUUUUAUAAUUAAAUAGUGUUUAUUCCUAUGAAUUUUUUGUUAAAACUAGAUUUAUGGAAUGCAAUAUACACACACAAGUUUCUUUUGGAUUCCUCUGUAUAACAAAAAAAGGGUAUUCUUUGGAUGAAUGAAGACUGGAUUUAAUUUUUAUCUUAUUUUGAUACAUAGAUAUUAAAUUUCAUUGUCCACAACUCGCUGUACUUCAUACCAAGGAGUCACUGUCACAGUCACUUUGGUCUUCAAAAGAAAUUUCAUGUUUAAAGACUAGCAGUGUGAUUUGUGUUAGCAAAAUAGGAUAUUUAACAAAUAAUUAUAGUGUCUUUUUGAGGUGCUGUUCAGACAAUAGUAUCCUUCGUUUAUGUUCUGUGACAAUAUUUGGCCGGCAGACAACAAUGUUUGUGAGCACUGUAGCUCCUGUUGUAGACACUGCUCACGGCGACAGUGACCUUGACAUCAGGUCUUCCACCCCCCAUGAAGACGUCUCAGAGAGAGAUUGCAAGUUUAAAAAUUCAGGGAUCUAUAAGGUCAUCAGGUACCCUGUCCUGCUGAUGAACUUUUGCGGUAUCUACGUACCCUCCUGUUGCGUCUGCCAGGUCAACAGAAAGCUUUCUCAGUCUAAAAGUCACUUUGACCCGGAGUGCCCAGACUUUAGCAUUAAGACGCUGAUAUACGUUAAGAGCGUGGAUGGGCGUCCAGAGCAGGCGAAGGUUGUGCGCGGCCAACAAUGUCCCAACAUGGACGGGCGGAAGUGGUCACUCGUCAAGAAAGUGACCACCGCCGUAAUGUUCCUGGUCAAUAUCUCCAACACCAUUCGCUACGUCUUCAUCUUGAAGUACACGUCCAGUGACGUCAACGCUUACGUAUUUUCCGUGACGUCUUACUUCAUACUCAGCUUCUAUUUCUACCUCCUGGCCGCAGGUAGCCACGCCAACUACGCCCACUUCAGCGCCUACAUCGCCGCACUGUCCGGCUACGAUAGGACGUACAUUCUCAAGUGCGACUUCUUGCGCCAAGCGAGAAAGCAGCUGUGGAUGUUCUGCGCCGGGCUUGCCUUCCAGUUCGUGCAGAGCGUGCUGCUUGUUUACGGCAUGGUAGAGCUGUUUGACGGCUUCUCCGUCCAGCUGUGGCCGUUCUCCUUCGUCGACAACGACUGGAGGGUGGCUAUUGGACUCUUUUGCGGCGUGGCUGUUUUCUUCGCCAGUGGCAAUGUGUACGGGACUCACUUGUUUAGGACCGUUGUGACCUCCAUGCUUAGAAUCGAGUUUGUACAUUUGGCCAAAGAAUUCAGAGAGCUGCUCUCCAGGCCAAUCGACCGCAACAACGAGGAGGCGUUUGACAAGCUGCUGAGGAAAUUUCAAGAGGUGUGUCGACUUCGUGAUAAGUCCUAUCACGUGAUUAAACAUACAGUAGCCAGCUCUUACUUUUUCAGUGUACCUCUCGUUUGCUUUGUACUGUAUGGUCUAGUUAGCGGAGCUCUUCAACUGGAUCAAAUGCUAAUUCUGGCUUUCAAUAUUGCAAUGGCGGUGGUCAUAUUGAUACAUACUACUUGGUCUUUAGCAAGUCUUAAUUCUGAGGCUACAUCUGUUUCUCAAUGUUUGUAUCAAGGUCAUUUAGACUCAUUUUCUAAAUCAUUGUUUCAAAAGGCUGUUUUGCUGACCAACAUGAUCACCACCAAUAACAUGGGGAUGACCGUGUACGGCCUGUUCGUGGUGGACUGGUCAACGUUCUUGAUGGUAUUUGGUACCAUGCUGACAUACGCAGUUGUUGUCAUCCAGUUCCAGACAGGGACACCGGUCUGCCACUGUCACACGAACAUGACAUCAUGACACCACACUACAGUGUAACUACCUUACUUGAGUGUAGACAUUUUCUAGAAUAUAAUUAAAGCUUUCUUUACAAACACAUUAUGGUAAACAAGAAUCCAGAUGGUAUGAUAUAGUAGAUGGUAUGCCUAGCAGCCAGCUGAUGUUAUGUAUAUCAACCAUCAAUAUAGCGGAUGGUAUGUUUAGCAACCAGUGAUAUGGCGGAUGGUAUGUUUAGCAACCAGUGAUAUAUCGGCUGGUAUGUUAAAUAACCAGUGAUAUAGCGGAUGGUAUGCUUAGCAACCAGUGAUAUAGCGGAUGGUAUGUUAAAUAACCAGUGAUAUAGCGGAUGGUAUGUUAAAUAACCAGUGAUAUAACGGAUGGUAUGUUUAGCAACAAGUGAUAUAGCGGAUAGUAUGUUUAGCAACUAGUGAUAUAGCGGAUGGUAUGUUUAGCAACUAGUGAUAUAGCGGAUGGUAUGUUAAAUAACCAGUGAUAUAGCGGAUGGUAUGUUAAAUAACCAGUGAUAUAGCGGAUGGUAUGUUUAGCAACUAGUGAUAAAGCGGAUGGUAUGUUUAGCAACUAGUGAUAUAGCGGAUGGUAUGUUUAGCAACCAGUGAUAUAGCGGAUGGUAUGUUUAGAUACUAGUGAUAUAGCUUAUGGUAUGUUUAGCAACCAGUGAUAUAGCGGAUGGUAUGUUUAGCAACUAGUGAUAUAGCGGAUGGCAUGUUAAAUAACCAGUGAUAUAGCGGAUGGCAUGUUAAAUAACCAGUGAUAUAGCGGAUGGUAUGUUAAAUAACCAGUGAUAUAGCUUAUGGUAUGUU